GUCAUUAAGACCUACAGCAUUAUGUAGUCACUUAUCAUAUUUUCCUGUUGUAAAACAGUAAGUUCCACAUAUAGCUACAGCAAGAGAAAGCUGCAAAGUGUUAUUUUCUCAGUGCUUUGGUCUUUUCAAGUAAGUGGGUUCAAGUCCAAGUGAAGUCACGAUUCUUUGCUGUUCAAGUCCAAGUCGAGUUGCAAGUCUUUGAACAUAUUGUCGAGUCUAAAGUCAUCAAAUUCAUGACUUGACUCCAAGUCAUGUAACUCGAGUCCACACCUAUGUGCAGCAGUGCCCGCAUUGUAAAUGUAAAAAAUUGCCGACGAUCAGGCUCAUUAAAUCGUGGCAGCCAAAAUCGUGAUCACGGUUAAAGUUCUAUUAAUUGUGGAGCCCUGUCGCAAUAUAAAAAAUAUAUCUAUUACAUGAACAUUUGAUGUUAUGUGCUGGAAAUCAGCUUGCUCACAAAAUGUGAUGUAGACCAUCAUCAUGGGAAUGCUGCUCUUAGACCUGAGAUUUGUUGACGCUGUUGCGACUUUUGGCUUGUCCCACCAGAGAUCACGGGUUCCACUGUAAUUGAAAUUUCAAGUGAUAAGUAUAAAAUUUUUCUGUGAGGCUUUUAUGACAAUCUGUGACCUGGUUGUAUACUAUUGUAUUUUCCAGGUCACCACCGUUAGUGUGGUGGACGAGACAUCGAGAGUGCCACAGCUGUGCAUGGCGACGCCGUGGUGGCAGUCAUUUCCAUGGUUACAGUGAUCCAUGAUGGCCUGUGAAUGCAUGCCUCCUGCAGACAAUGCUGUGCACUCUCAUUACUGCCCGCCAUGCGUCCUAUAUCCAGCUGGGAAUGCCACACAGCAGGAGGAGAAGGAGGAGAGGAAAGCUUACAAUGUGAAUAAUGGAGGGAAGCAUGGAAUGAAAAGAAGCUUUAAAAGUGGAGCGUGGCGUGAAAUUAAGAUGAGAGUAGAUUGAUGCCGAGGUGUGGAGGAAUCAAAUAAAAAGCAAUAGGAGAUUAAUUGGGACUGUAAUAGACACUGUCAAUUGAAAAAAACAACCUUUUUUUGAUUGCUUUGAUGUACAGUGGAACCUGUAAUAUCCCACAAUUUGAAUUUGUCAGGAAAAAUACGCCUCUUUGGUUGGUCAUUCGCGACCUGACACAGCCAGAACCAUAAAUUGAAUUUAUUGUGGUAAGCAAGACUGCCCAGACAAAUAGAGCUGUAACUGACGAUUAUUUUAAUAAUUGAGUCAUCAGUCAAUGAUUAUUUUUGAUUCAUUGAUGAAUCGGAUGAAACAAAACUUUAAUUAAAUUUCAAUUCCUUUAUUAAAAAACAGGACAAUAUAUCAAAUUGAAAAUUGAAGAAAAUGCCUCAACAACAACAACUGAUGAAAUUUUGCAUCGCUACAUCCAAAAAUAACAUCAAUUUCUCUCGUUCAGGUCAGGUUUUUAUGCUUGUUGUUAACAGUUUAUUAAUGAAAUGUUACCAACUUUGCUUACUGUAAAUUUAAUAGUAGGCAUGGAUAAAAAAGUAAGUACCUGGAAAUUGAAUGUUACGUCAUUAUUGUUCAAAAUUUAGGGCAUAAACCUGAAUUUGAACCUCUAAAGCGAAAAUACCUAUACAAAAAUGUGGCCAUAGUUCAAAAUGUUGACCUGACUGAGCAAAACCAAUGUGAUAUUUGUUGACCAGUGUUAUGAGUCAGUUCCUGGUUUGGUCUUUGGUGGGUGGGUGGAUAAUAAAAAGAAAUGAAAAAGAAGAGGAAAAACAGCAUAAAGUCAGCUACAUUUAGUUUACGUUAAAAGACUCAAGCACGCGUUUUCUGUAGCUUGUCAUCAAAGUUAAUGGUUCAUUUAUCACAAUUUGUUAUCAUAUGGUACUGGACUGGACCAAAAACCAGAUGGAGGCGGAGGAAGUAGUGGAGAAUGGUUUAUUUGGGGUAGCUCAUGGUUCGUAUAUCCAAGGCGUGAUGGUGUUCCAUAGGAACAAGGAAUGUGCAGGAAGCAGGAGCGUGAGCAGGCGGAAGAGCUUUACGGCGAGGUUGGAGCGGGCAGCGAAGCAGGAGACACGGGAGGCACACUGGAAGCGGAGGACGACACAAAAGGGUGCGCGGGCGAGGAGGUGAUGAUAGCUGGAGAGAGAAGCAAAAGCGAGGCAAAAAGCACCACCCAAACUCCAAAAGGAUCCUUCAGUGCAGAAGGUGGGCGGAGGCAGAAAGAAGACGGUGUCAUUCAGCAGCAUUCCCUCAGAGAAGAAGGUCAACAGUGCAGCCGACUGCCUGGCCUUCAUGCAGGGUGGAUGUGAGCUGAAGAAGGUGCGGCCCAGCUCCAGGGUCUACUGUCGCUUCUACACGCUGGAGGCUGACCUGAGCUGCUUGCGUUGGGAACCGUCCAAGAAGGACGGGGAGCGGGCCCGCCUGGAUGUCUCCAGCAUCCGAGAGGUGCGAACUGGCAAGAGCACCGAGACCUUUCUGCAUAACGGCCUCCUCUCUGAACAAUUGGCAGAGGAGGCCGCGUUCUCUAUCAUACAUGGGGAGGACUACCAGUCCUUAGACUUGGUGGCACUCUCAGCGGACGUGGCCAACAUCUGGGUGACGGGCCUCCGCUACCUUUUGGCGCACCCCUCGAUGGUCGGUGGAGGAGUCGGAGGUCUGGGAGAAGGAGGAACAAUGGAGGCCAGUUUGGGCAGCAAGAUGAGGAGCGAGUGGCUGGCAAGCGAGUUUGGACGAGUGGACGAAGACGGUCAUGGCAUCGUGUCCGAGGACGUGGCUGUCACGACCAUCGUCAAACUGUGUCCUGGCAUCAAGGAGGCCAAGGUCCGUCUGCGCUUCAAGGAGAUCCAGCGCAGCAAGGAGAAGCUGACCUCCCACGUGACACGCGAGGAGUUCCACGAGGCCUACUGUGAGCUGUGCACCCGGCCCGAUGUCUACUUCCUGAUGGUGCAGCUGGCCAAGGACCGCGAGUGUCUAGACGCUCAGGACCUGCGUCUCUUCCUGGAGACAGAGCAGGGUCUGUCCUUGGCCACGACUGAGGGCUGCCUGGAGCUCCUGAGGCGCUAUGAGCCCUCAGCACAGGGCAAGGAGAGGGGGCUGCUGGGGCUGGAUGGCUUCGCUCGCUAUCUGCAGUCUCCCGAGUGCCAGCUGCUGGACCCCGAGCACGAGGGGGUAUGCCAGGACAUGAACAUGCCCCUGUCGCACUACUACAUUAGCACCUCGUACCGGUCCUACCUUCUGGAUGAUCAGGUACAUGGCAGAGCGGACCUUGGUGGGCUGAUCAAAGCCCUUCAGUCUGGCUGCCGGUGCCUGGAGCUUGGAGUAACCGACGGCCCAGAGGGGGAGCCUCUACUCGGUGUUGACUACAAUCUGGACAUCCCUUGCCACCAUCAUCAGCAUUACCACCACCAUGCACCCAUCACCAUCCGUUCCGCUUUGGAGGUGGUCAACAAGUACGCCUUCCUGACCUCGCGCUACCCACUCCUAAUGUACUUGUGCCAGCGCUGCUCCCCUGCCCAGCAGCGUACCAUGGCACAGCACCUGAAGAAGGUACUUGGCUCCCGGCUUUACACUCCGGAGUCCCUGCCAGUCAGCCUGGGGGGGCGAGCCACCACCUUACCCACCCCUGAGCAGCUGAAGGGACGUGUUCUAAUAGUGGGCAAGAAGCUCCCUCCAGAGCAUGAAGGAUCCGAUGGGGAAGUGUCUGAGGAGGAAGAAGAGAUUGGAGGUGGGGGUCCUUUGGCUGGGCGGCGGAUGACCAUUCCGGGUGAAGAGGAUCUGGGUGUGGUCUUGGUGGUACCACCACCAUCACAACCGAGGAAGCUCCGCUUACACAAGGAGCUCUCGGACCUGGUGGCCAUCGCUCGGACAGACAGCCGCCACUUUUACGCCCAACGAGCCGUACACAAGCAGCACUCGCCGCCCAGCAGUCCCGGGUCUCCCUGCACUCCCUUGGUGAACGAGACACCCUACUGGACACUGUGCUCUCUGGGCGAGGGGGAGGCCGGGCGGCUGAGCACAGAGAGCCCGGAAGACCUUGUCAUGUUCACCAAGCGCACUUUAACGAGGGUGCGGCCCAGCUCAGUGCGCCUGGACUCCAGUAACCCCAACCCGCAGGGAUACUGGAAAGGGGGCGUGCAGCUUGUGGCCUUAAACCAGCAGACCCCCGGUGCCAUGCUCGACCUUCACAAGGGCCGCUUCUCUCAAAACGGAGGGUGUGGUUACAUUCUCCGACCUGCCGUCAUGAGGGACGAGGUGUCGUAUUUCAGCGCCCAUACACAUGGCUGCGUGCCUGGUGUACCACCGCAAACUCUUCGCAUUAAGGUUAUUAGUGCACACAACCUACCUAAACCUCAGGGAUCAGGUGCCAAGGGAGAGGUCAUUGACCCGUACGUGGUCCUGGAACUACACGGAGUACCUGCCGACUGUGCAGAACAGCGCACACGCACUGCUCUACAGAACCAGGAUGACCCCCUCUUUGAUGAGACCUUUGAAUUCCAAGUGAACAUGCCUGAGCUUGCCCUUCUUCGUUUCGUCGUGCUGGAUGAUGACUACAUUGGAGAUGAUUUCAUCGGCCAGUUCAGCGUGGCGUUCGAGUGCCUUCAGUCUGGCUACCGAAACGUGCCCCUGCUGGACCUGAUGGGGGAGCUCUUGCCCCAUGCCAGCCUCUUUCUCCACGUGGCCAUCACCAACCGGCGAGGGGGCGGAAAAGCCCACCGCAGGGGCCUGUCGGUUAGGAGGGUGGGUCGGCGUGGGCGUGAGUAUGUCACGUUAAGGAACACGGGUAUAAAGGCGGUGGACGAGACCUUCAAACUGGCCAGCACUCCCCUGAAAGAGGUGAUGGAUCUGCGGGAAGAAGCUCAGGGCACCAUCGCCAGUUUCAAAGAGCAGUGUGGGCUCCCCACGGUGGCCAAACUCAAGCAGUGCAUCCAGAGCCUGGCCACCAGGCUGCAGAGCCCCGAGGGCACCAUGGGGGCCAUUAUGGUGCUCAAGGAGGGCUACCCUUGUCUGGAGGCCCUCGUCAGUGUCACCGAACCCACCCGCAAGCUCCUUUCUGCCUAUGACACGAUGAUUGUGGCCCAGAAACAGCUGAUUGAGAAUGCUGAUGGUAUCCAGGAGAGGAUUGCGCAGGUACAGCGAGAAGGCAUGGAAUUCCACGAAGAUCUGUCUCGGCUGGGGGAGAAGGAAGGAAUGAAAGGAUGCAAGCUCAGCAAAGCUGUGGAAAGUUUCACUUGGAAUGUCACUGUGCUCAAGGGGCAGAGCGACCUGCUCCGUGGAGCCAAGAUGGAUUCGCUGGAUGCUCUGAGGCAGGUGGCACUGGCCUGCGAGGCCUCUGGACUCACCUCAACUUCCUCCAGCUCCUCCUCAUCCACCUCCUCUGCGGCCGAGCUGCACUACACCACUCAUGCCAUUAACAGGCGCCGAAGCAGCACACACAGCAACGGACGCAUCUGAUGUCGUUUCUUGUUUGAGUGGGAUGUAUCCGGUGCAGUAACUCUAAGAGUCUUACCGUGGUCCCAACUGAAGAGAAGCCUUUCACGAAUGACGUAAAAUUUGUGCUUCAUUUUCAGGCUCCUUGUAACUCAAGCGCAUUAACUCAAUUCAACUUAAGAACCGUGCGCGCUGCUUUAUCAGGUGGGUAACACAUAUUUGGUUCUGUAAAUGGUGGUCAAAAGAAGAAAUUUGGCAUUUUCCCCCUGCCAAACCGCAUAUGAAUAAUAUUUUGUUUCAUUCUUUAAAAUAAAAAGAAGAUAUUAUGAGUUUAAAUUCAAUAUUAUUCAGAUUUAAUAUAAAGAUUCAGAUUACAUUUAUUACAUUUGAAAAGCAUUGAAAACGUAGAAUUUCUAAGCAUUUAAAUUGCUGUCAUUCAAGGAGCACAUAUGCAUUUUAAUUAAUUUAUUAAAUUACAGGCAGUCAUAAAGAAGUGUUUUUGGAUUGAAGUCGCCCGCCCUAAAUCGAUCUGCCGGAACCCAUAUUUUUCACAUAUAUUAGGAACCCACCUAUAUUUGAUUUGAAAACUUAUGGUUUCUGUUUAUAUGAAGCUUAGCCCAAUUGAAUGUUCUCGUCUCAUAUUUUGCAUAUUCCUAGAUAAAGUCCUGUCAGAAGCACUGUCGUUUCCCAGAUCAUAAUCAUGUUACAUCAAUGAAAUGUAACACGCAGUAUUCUUAAGCAGCCGAAUUACGGUGCAGGUUGUCACCUCUGAGAGGCCGGGUAAUUGGAGACGUUGUUUUUUUGGAAGACGUACAUGUGUGGAUCACAUGAACCCAUUUCCUGCGACAUUUUGCGACAGGUUGUAAAUCAGGAUGGCACUGUAUGAAAUGGAUGUAGCAAUAAUAACAAUAGAGAAAAUUGGUUAAAAAAAUAGAUUUAGGGUGAUGUGUCUUUCUAAUCAAACUGGUUGACUCUUUGAAUGUGUGACAACAUCGACUGCCUGCUGAUGAUGGUUAACUUUGGCCUUUUGAGUGCACAUGUAUGUUUUCUUGGUAUUAUUACGUCGUCUUUUAACCUGAACUUCUUGAGUCGUCUCAUCUGUUUGUUUGGAACCCGCAGUUUAUGCACAGGGAGAACAAGCAAACGCCACACAGUAAAGCUGGAGCCCAGAUUUGAACCCAGAACCUCAGAACUGUGAGGCAAAUGUGCUAACCGCUCUCCCUUCCAUACUAUUUGUGGUAAAUAAAUUAUUUUCUGACCCAUUAAGUGAAUUAAUUUCUCAUGGCAUGAUCUCUCGGAACAGUGAUUGGAAUGGCUGACUUGGUUGAGAAUACGUCGCUAUGUUAUGAUGUCAUGCUACUUAUCGCCAGGCUCCACACUGGAAAAACAUGCCCGAUCGGGUUUACCUUGCCGAACUGGACUGCCACGAACUGAAUUGCAGUUCCCUCUUUUGAGCGAACAAGACGAGACGGACACGUGCUAGCUUGUUCAGUCUGAAGUGACAUUUUGUAUGUUUGUCUGAAAGCGCUGACCCUACUUUGACAAGAAAAUCUAGGAGCGUGUCCGAAUGAUUUUUUUUUGUUAAUUCUUAGAUUUUGCAUUAUAGACCAUCCAGAUGCAUCUUGGAGUGUUCCUCCCAAAAUGUGCGGCAGCUCACAAGACGAUAGUUUGAGGCGAGCAGGAUCCCUAAAUUGGAAUUCCAGACAUAUCAGCCUUCCUCAAUAAAAAGGUUUAAAGAGGUCCAGUUCAGGAAAAUGUCUUAAAGACGAUGUCUGAACAGGCUGAAUCGGUCCCAUAUCAGCUACACAAAUGUCACCAAUGUGAACCGCUUCACUACUGCAUGUUUGAUUUUAAUUCAGACGUUUUGCUGAAACUUGAGGAAAACACAGAGGUUUUAUAACAUCAAUUGCUUAUGCCAUACUGUACCGCCGGACUCAUGUCUGUGCAUUGCUUUUGCUUGUCUUUUAAUGAACUACGUACGUUUUGUUUUCGCUUUCAGUCCAGGUAAGCUGACAGGAUGCCAAAGAAAUUGAAACAAAGUAAAUAAGAAGAAGUGGCACGGUGGGAGACUGGUUAGCACAUCUGCCUCACAGUUCUGGGGACUCGGGUUCAAAUCCAACCUCGUCUGUGUGAAGUUUGCAUGUUCUCCCUGUACCUGUGUGGGUUUUCUCCAGGUACUCCGGUUUCCUCCCACAUCCCAAAAUCAUGCGUGGUAGGCCGGUUGAAGACUCUAAAUUGCCCAUAGGUGUGAAUGUGAGUAUGAAUUUGUCUGUAUGUGCCCUGCAAUUUGAUGGCGACCAGUUCAGGGUGUACCCCGUCUCUUGCCCGAAGUCAGCUGAGAUAGGCGCCAGCACAGCACGUGACCCUAGUGAGAAAAAAAAAAUAAUAAUAAAAAAAUGGGUGGCUGGAUCAAUAAGAAGAAAGACACGAAUAGACACGAAUGACAAGUCUUUUCGGAGGGUUACGGUGUUAGGUUUUAGUAGUUAGGUCUGACAUAGUUUAAAAUAAGGUCGUCGGCACGGUACUGUACGCACUAAGAGAGUCAGCGGCUAGCUAAUGAAGAGUGCAAAUCAAAUUAGAUAAUGACUGUGGUGGCCACAUUUAAAAGUGUUCUUGUUUAACUUACGUUGUUACUAUGCCAAAAGCUUGUGCACAGGUGUCAAACGGGUGGCCCGGGGGCCAGCUCCGGCCCGCCAAUCUCGGCCCCGCGAAAGCAAACCAAAACUGCUAACAGUGUUCCAAUGUAAUAUGUUGAGAUAUUGCAAGCAUUUUUGUUUACAAUCCCACUUUGAAAAGAAAUGUAGUGGUUAAAAAACAUGCUUUUAGAGGCUUCUGAUUUCACAACUAGUUGUUCAUCAAUUUGUUGUGUAUAUCUAAGGGACCCGAACCCUGACACAAAUAGCGAAAAUCUGCAAUAAUUGACGCCCUCUCCAAAUGGUUUAUAAUUGCCUAUAGAUGCCACAAGAUGGCAACAAAGCACUAUCUUUGUCUAAAUGAAACACCUGAUCUCAUUUCAACAUAGUUCUUUUGGUCCAAGAUGGCACCAGAUGGCGACAAAGUACUCCUGUUGCAUGGGCCUAAGCACAAAAACAGCAGAAAGGUGAAUUUUUGAGCCAAUAAUGCAAAAUAGGUUUUCAAAACAAAAUCCAGAAAUCGGCGAAUUGACUUUUCUACCAUGUUCAAUUCUAUUGAGAUGCACCUGUAUGUAAUGUAGAGCUCCUUGUUGUAAUGUAUUUUUACUGUCUUUACUUUGGCUUGUACAAACAAUACUCAUGCCUUGUAUUAAGAUGCACCCACUUUGUCAUUGUCACAUCUCUGUAGGUUAAUACAUUUAAAAAAAAAAAAAAAAAAAAAGAGUAGUCCUGUGAAUGUUUAAAUUGACGAGUUUAGGGCGUUUAUUAUCCUCUUCGUGCCACUCUCACACACUCCAGUUUUCUGUACUUGAACCCUCGACCUGAUACAUUGUUUUCGGUAUUUAAAACCGGAGCGUUUACUUCUGGAAAGGGCACUUACAGCGGGAGGCAAGUAGUCACUGCCAGGCUCGGCUUGAGCGCCAUGGAGAUAUCAUGCACAACCUCAGCAGAGAAACCGCUACAGCUUUGGCUCUGACUGUUACCUAAUUUGGAAUUUUUAGAGACCACCAUUUUAGACAGGAGAACGUCGCGUUCAGGUGUCCGCAUUGCCCACGUGUCUUAAACCUUUCGAACCUCUCUGUGCUCUUUUCUGUGUGAGACCUAUCUUUGCAAAUGUGUGGUCCAGUAGGGUUUUACGCCUUUAAAUUUUUUGUGUUUCAACGCCUACAGAAAUAUGUAAAGUGUACUUGUACCUCUCAUUGUGAUAUAACGUACCACCUGUGUGGCAUCUGCAUUGACGGCGAUGGCUUGACCCAGUCUCGUUCCCCCAACUGUUCUAACUGUUGUUUUUUUGUUUUGUUUGUCUUUGUAAGAUGGAAUGAAGACCAAAAGAGAUAAUGAAAUAUUUAUUGAUGUGUAUUUUAAAAGCUAUGUAUGAAUAUAUUUAAUAACUAAAUGAACAUUGCUUUUAUUUUAAAAAGCUACUGUGUUUUCUAUCUGACAGGCAUUCUAAUGUAACAGUAUGUAUCCCACGCUUAAUAAAGUGAUCUUUUUACU